CAAGUGCGCCUCCCCUCCAAACGUUUUUUGACAUACCCAUCGUUAUAUGCUUCGCCUCUGGUAGUUUCUUUUUUAAAAGGCAAGCUCAAAGCCACAGAUUACAUUUUGCUCACAACCCGUGCGGGUAAAAUAACCUACAGAGGGAGCGACAGCGAGAAUCAGGCUCUCAUUUGGAGAGAGUUUGCGCGUAAACGGCACCGGGCAUCACUGGUGUCUGGAUAUUUUCUUUUCUUUUUAAGUUAUCGGUGACUGCAAGGUUGAAGGGACAGCGCAGGGGGGGAGCAGAGUGACUGUUUUAUGUGGAUUGCGAGCAUCGGAUGCGCAAAACAUUUGGGACUUGAAGGCACCUGUGGAUGCAACAUCCCCCUGAUCUUUGGACUCACACCGUUUACAAAGUAAGGAUUCGCCUCAAGAUAUAAUUGAUAAUCGUUGCGGUUUCGGUCAAACACCCUGCAGUUAAGACGAGAAUCGGACCAUGCUACUGAGUGUCUCCUUGCUGGUGGUUCCCCUGCUGACCAUAACCGGCUGCGGCUCGUCGUACGUGCCGUGCCAGACGUGCGAUCAGAAGGCCAUGUCCAUGUGUCCGCCGGUGCCGGUGGGCUGUCAUCUGGUGAAGGAGCCCGGCUGCGGCUGCUGCCUGACGUGCGCGCUCGAAGAGGGACAGCCGUGCGGCGUGUACACCAGGCCGUGCACGCGCGGGCUCCGCUGCUUGCCCAAGAAUGGCGAGGAGAAGCCGCUGCACGCGCUUCUGCACGGACGGGGGGUGUGCAUGAACGAGAAGUUGUAUAAAAUGUUGCAUUCGUCAAAAGAUGGAGAAUCUCACGAUGAUGCCAUGCCACCCGCCCCUGAGUUGAUGCCACCCCAAACCAAGGUGCCCUUAUAUAGAGGCCACAUCGACAAAAAGAAGGCCCAGGCCAUGGAGCAGGCCAAUGUACGCAAGAACUAUCUGGCCAGGCCGGGACUCAUCAGGAAUACAGACUUCUCAGCAUCCAGCUUGGAUAAACUGGAGCCUGAGUUUGGGCCCUGCAGGAGAAGACUGGAUAGUCUAAUUCAAAGCAUGAAGGACACUUCCAGGGUCUUGGCUCUCACUCUGCACAUUCCCAACUGUGACAAGAAGGGCUUCUUCAAGCGCAAACAGUGUAAGCCGUCUCGUGGUCGGAGGAGGGGGAUCUGCUGGUGCGUUGACCGUUUUGGCCUGAAAAUGCACGGCAUCAACUAUGCUGGAGGAGACCUGCAGUGCAAAGGCCUCGACAGCAGCAGCAACAGCAACGAAUGACAGAGUGAACUGGUCGUACUAAGUUGAGCUCCAAACCUGCCACAUAAUGACUUCCAAUCCAAAAAAUAUGGCACAAAUGCUUAUAUAUAUAGUCAGGUGUGAUGGACUGCGCUGUUUUCAUUUUUAAGGGGAGCUGAACUAAAAAGCUUAAUUGGGUGAAAAUCUGCGCAUGUAAGUCUUUACUCUGGCUCCCCACUGACUGUGUACUAUGUUUGAGGGUAGCUAACACCUCACCUCUUUAUAUCCAUAGAUAAUAGAGGAUUAUAUAUAUUUGUAUGAUACUGAUAAUAUGUUGUGUACUUAUGAGUCUAUUACUAAAUUUACUCUUAAGAACUUCUGAGACAAGACAUAUAUUAAAUGUGGCUAAAAAUCUCUAUUUUAAUUUGGUCAUGGUGACAAUCAACAUGAAAGACUGACAAUCACGAGACAUCACUGAAGAGUAAGUCAGUUCUUGUCUAAAUUAGCGAUCUUUUACUCAUUUUUAAUUGCGUGAAUGACAUCCUGAUGUAAGAGGCAUUUUUUUAUAUAUCCAUUAACGACGUCUGCCUUUUAAUUCUGCUUCCAACCUACUGUCACGGAACACUAUCCCACUUGUAGGCUAUUUUGCCAAGCAGGAAAAGGGGAGAAGGGUUCUGCAGGAUUCCUGUAGGAGGCUGGAUAUAUUAUAUUGUCAUCACAUGGGUCACUCGUGAGUGGGCAGGAGACAGGCACAAUCAACUUACAGCCAUGUCAGCGUAAUAGCUAUCGUAUGUUUGCUCAGCAUCAAUUCAAAAAAUCAUUGGUCUUUUAUAACUAAUUGGAGCCAAAGACCUGCACACUUUAAGGAAUAGUUUGACAUUUUAGGAAAUAAACAUAUCCCCCUCUCUUGCAGAGAGUUAGAUGAGAAGAUUGAGAAGAUGAGAGUCUCUGUUAGUUGCCUUGUUACCGCUCAGAGCCAAGAAAUAGAAACCGGUGCUCAAAAUCCAUAACAACUAAUUUUAAAUUUGGGGAAUAUUUUAUGCAGUCAACCCCUCAUAAAGUGAUAUUCUGGCUUUACCACCUCAGACAGACCCAUGGUGCUUUCAUCAAGAAGCAAUUAGGAUUAUACUAUAAAAGGUUAAAUAUUUGACUUCUCCUUUUGAAAGGCCUUUAUCAAGUCCAGACAAUUGUGUCCACUGUUUGUAAAUGUAUGUACAGUGUGCGCAUGCUCCUGAGUGUGUCUCUGUGUGUGUGUGUGUGUGUGUGUGUGUGUGUGUGUGUGUGUGUGUGUGUACUAUGCUGUAUGUGCCAUGCCCUUAUAGCUCACAUAGAGGCCAGCCUACCCAAGCUACUGUCCGACAAAUGUGGUGCGGCGCAUUUUCCUUCACACGCAAAUUGUAUGCAAAGUGCGCGCUUGUUUAUGUUUCCACGCUUUCCUGUUGGUCGAUGGUGACUUGCUCUCAUGGUUCAUCAGGUCCUAUAUCCUGCAAAGAGCAAGGUUGCUGAGUUUAUGUAAAUGCAAGUGCCUUCUGCCCGACACCACUUUGAAUUUUGAUUUGAAUGCGACUCAUAGUGUCGUUGAAUGAGGGACAGUCCAGCACAAAAGAGGAAAAAAGUUUUGGUGUGGAUGUGGUCUGAAAGAUUUCCCAGUCAAGCACUGCCGAACGUACAAUGACAGAGAACAACAUAUUUGUUCUAAAGUUUAAACGUUGUUUAGAUUAUUUUUGUUGUUGUUGUUGUAAUCUUAAUGUUCAAUUAAUGACUCUUAUAAUCUCAGACAUUCCUAAUGCCUAAUCACUAUCUUGUGAUAUUGGGAGAGCAUUGGCAGGAGCUCAUCAGCCAAUUCUUCCCAGUGAAACACCUCUCUCUCUCAUGAUUCUAGCACACAUGUAAACACAACACAGUGACACUUUUCAGAAUCUCAGUUAAAAAAAAGAUUAAUGUGAACAUUACAGUGAAAUAUUUAUCAGGUGUGUAAUUGAUGUACUCGUGUUUUUUUUUUGUAAUGACAAAUCACUAUUUAAAUAAAAAUUCAUGUACUCACAAAA